AUGGAUAAGUCACGCGCGAUGAAUAUUUUGAACUUCAUCCAUGUGUUGUGCGACGGCGAUCUGGAGGACGACAGUGAGGCUGUUGACGGUGACGGUCGCGUGGCAAGCAGCGACGAGGCCGAAGCUGAGAGCGACAUCGAGGAUGAAGUCAGUAGUGAUGACGAAGAAAGCAGCGAGGAGGAGCAGAGCAGUGAAGAAGAGGACAGCAGUGGAAAGGAGGACAGCAGUGAUGACGAAGAGUAA